AUGACGACCGAAGACGAAAACGACCGCAGACAGGCGACAGAGACCUCACCAUUGCUGGGAAAGCAAGGACCAAAGCCCAUUGACCCUAGCGACGGCAUCGUACCCGAUAGCGCCGUCACCAAUGGAGUCAUACCAGAAGGAGAAGACGGCGGAGACCUCGAACGCCAGACAAGCCUGGAAGAAAGACAGAAGCAAUAUGAGGGUCAGCCGGAGAUGAGAAAGAAGAUGAAGGUCAUCUUCCCGGCCUUGACAAUCGGCGUGCUCCUUUCGGCUGCCGACCAGACCAUCAUCGUCUCCAGCUACGGCAAGAUUGGCAGUGAGCUGAAGGCUCUCAACAAUGUUUCUUGGAUCGCAACCGCAUACUUCUUGACCUUGACGAGUUUCCAACCGCUGUAUGGCAAGAUGUCCGACAUCUUUGGAAGAAAGAGCUGCUUGUUGUUCGCAUACCUGGUCUUUGGCCUAGGCUGUCUGGCCUGUGGUUUGGCUCAAAACAUGAACCAACUCAUCGCUGCAAGAGCUUUUGCAGGUAUUGGAGGUGGUGGUAUGACGACCGUCGUCUCAAUCCUGAUGUCUGAUGCCGUGCCUCUUCGCGAACGCGGUAAGUGGCAGGGCUACGUCAACAUUAUCUAUGCAACUGGAGCUGGUACUGGAGCACCAUUGGGUGGCAUCCUCGCGGACUCCAUUGGCUGGCGCUGGGCCUUCCUCGGUCAAGUCCCGUUGUGCGUUCUUGCCUUUGUCGUCGUGGGUUCCGUUUUGAAGCUUCCCAAGCGGGAGCAAACCGACUGGAAACAGAAACUUCGACGCAUUGAUUUCUUGGGUGCUGCCAUUCUCAUCUGUGCAGUAUUUACACUCUUGCUUGCUCUUGACAGAGGUAGCAAUGUUUCCUGGAAGGCGAAUAUCACCAUCAUCUCCAUCAGUCUCAGCAUCCCGCUCUUCAUCCUCUUCGUUUUCGUUGAGAUGAAAGUUGCUUCGGAACCUUUUGCACCUGGACACAUCAUCUUCAACCGUUCUCUCUUCGCAUGCUACCUGUGUAACUUCUUUUCCUUCUCUGGAUGGCUUGCUGCCCUGUUCUACAUCCCUUUGUACUUCCAAGCGGUUGAUGGUCUUACUGCUACUCAAGCUGGUGUUCGCUUGAUCCCUGGUAUCAUUGCAGGUGUCAGUGGCAGUCUAUUCGGUGGCUUCUACAUGCAGCGUACUGGCAAAUUCUAUUGGCUGACGGUCAUCGCAUACACUUGCUUGGUGGUCGGGAUGACCACUGUCUUCCUGUUCACCGGCUUCGUGGUCAACAGCACCAUUGGAAUCAUCAUCGGCAUGUGUAUCUGUGGGAGCGGAAAUGGAGUUGGAGUUACUAGCACUUUGAUCGGCCUCAUCGCCAACGCCUCCCGCGAAGACCAAGCAGUAGCAACAGCCUGCUCCUACCUCUUCCGCAGCUUAGGUUCCGUCUUCGGUGUCUCCAUCUCCGCCACCCUCGCCAACCAGUCUCUACGUGAUAAUCUGGCUUCCGCUCUCAGCAAUGGUAACGCAGCCGCUGAAAUUGCCGAGCGCGUGAGAGAGAGCUUGGCGUAUAUCAACACAUUAGAACCUGGCGUGCGUGCACUGGUUAGAGAAUGCUAUGCACAGAGCACACGUGCUGCUUUUGGAUUGGAAAUCGGUUUGGUGGCUGGUGCGGCUGUGAGUGCGUGGUUUAUUCGGGAGAAGGCGUUGAGCAAGUAA